AUGAUUCGCGACUUCACCGAGUCCUUUGAACCCCACGAGCGGCGAAUUGUCGAUACCAACAUUCUUGAUCGCGAGCUGCGCAAGUCGCAGAACGCAAACAGGGCUUUCCAGCGCGCGCUGCUUGAGAUUGGCGAGGUUGUUAUCGCUGUCGCACAGGGAGAUUUGUCGAAAAAAGUUAUCGUUCAUCAGGAGGAACUUGAUCCAGAAAUUGUAAAGUUUAAGGAGACUAUCAACCGCAUGAUGGACCAGCUCCAGCGCUUUGCCUCUGAAGUCACCCGUGUCGCGACCGAAGUCGCCGGUGGCACGCUCGGUGGUCAGGCUGAGGGCGAAGGCACUGAAGGUGUCUGGCACGAGCUCACCGACAACGUCAACAUCAUGGCCUCCAAUCUCACCAACCAGGUGCGUGAAAUUGCUGACGUGACGCGUGCGGUAGCGCAGGGUGACUUGUCGCGAAAGAUCAAUGUGCAUGCGCAGGGAGAGAUUCUCGAGCUACAAGAAACAAUUAAUUCUAUGGUGGACCAGCUGCGUACGUUUGCAUUCGAAGUCACUCGCGUUGCGCGUGAAACCGGUGUCGAAGGAAGACUGGGCGGACAGGCGCAGAUCGAGGGCGUCGAAGGAAUCUGGCGAGAGCUGACUGACAAUGUGAACGCUAUGGCCUCCAAUUUGACCGACCAAGUACGAAAUAUCGCAAAGGUCACGACCGCUGUCGCGCGUGGCGACUUGUCGCAAAAGGUGUCCGCAAACUGUCGCGGUGAGAUGCUGGACCUGAAGUCCACAAUAAACAAGAUGGUUGAUCGGUUGCAGAACUUUGCGCUCGAAGUCACAAAGGUCGCACGUGCUGUAGGAACAGAGGGUAUCUUGGGUGGUCAAGCAAAGGUCGAAGAUGUCGAAGGUGCAUGGAAGGAGAUUACCGAAAAUGUCAACGUCAUGGCAUCCAAUUUGACAACUCAGGUGCGAUCUAUUGCCGACGUUACAACGGCAGUCGCAGAAGGUGAUCUAUCACGCAAGAUUGCCGUGCAUGCGCAGGGUGAGAUGUUGGCGCUGAAGUCAACGAUCAACAAGAUGGUUGACCGACUACAAGUUUUCGCCUCUGAGGUGACAAGAGUCGCCAAAGAUGUCGGUAUCGAUGGUAAACUUGGUGUGCAAGCCCAGGUGUCUGACGUUGAUGGAUUAUGGAAGGAGAUCACGACGAAUGUCAAUAUCAUGGCCGCGAACCUUACUACCCAAGUGCGAGCAUUUGCACAAAUUACGGCUGCUGCUACAGACGGUGAUUUUACACGAUUCAUCACUGUCGAAGCUUCCGGAGAGAUGGACGCGCUCAAGACAAAGAUCAACCAGAUGGUGCUCAACCUUCGCGAGUCUAUUCAGCGCAACACGGCAGCUCGAGAAGCCGCCGAGUUGGCUAACCGCACAAAGUCAGAGUUCUUGGCAAACAUGUCUCAUGAGAUUCGAACGCCAAUGAAUGGAAUUAUCGGAAUGACGCAGCUGUCGCUUGAUACCGAGCUCACGCAGUACCAGCGCGAGAUGCUGUCGAUUGUUCACAAUCUCGCCAAUUCACUGCUGACUAUUAUCGACGACAUUCUCGAUAUCUCAAAGAUUGAAGCGAACCGGAUGACUAUCGAGAGAAUUGCAUUCUCACUUCGAGGAACCGUCUUUGGCGCGCUCAAGACGUUGGCUGUGAAGGCGAACGAGAAGCAUUUGGAUUUGAUGUACAAGAUCGACAACACGUUCCCCGACAAUUUGAUUGGCGACUCGUUCAGAUUGAGACAGGUUAUUCUCAACUUGGUCGGUAACGCAAUCAAGUUCACAGAGAGUGGAGAGGUAGCGCUGAGUGUCCGUCGCGCAAGUUCACGAGCGAUUGAGGGCACUGAAGUGCGCGAUAGCGCUGCGGACGAGAUGCUGAUUGAGUUUUGCGUGUCUGACACCGGAAUCGGUAUCCAGAACGACAAGCUCGAUGUCAUUUUCGAUACUUUCUGCCAGGCGGACGGAUCGACGACGAGGAAGUUCGGUGGAACGGGUCUUGGACUUUCGAUCUCGCGGCAGCUGAUUAACCUUAUGGGCGGUGACGUGUGGGUCAAGUCAGAGUAUGGCAAGGGGUCGCAGUUCUAUUUCACCCUGCGCGUGAGACAGGCCGAAGGCGGACUGAACACGUUGCUCGAGAACUUGGCGCCGUUCAAGAAUCACUAUGUAUUGUUCAUCGACACGAUCCACGAGCGGUCUGUCACGCUCGACCUGGUCGAAUCCAUCCGGCAGCUGAAGCUGAAGCCGUGGGUUGUCAACUCGCUCGAAGACGCGCCGUUGCCGGUCGACCAGUCCGGACCAAAGUUCGACACGAUCAUCGUCGACUCGCUCGAGGUUGCUGCGAAGCUGCGGACGUUGAAUCAUCUCAAGUAUAUCCCGCUUGUGCUGCUGAACCCGUGCAUUCCGCAGGUGAAUCUCAAGCUUUGUCUCGAUCUUGGAAUUACGUCGUACGGCAACACGCCUUGCUCUGUGCAGGACAUGGGUAACGCACUCCGCCCCGCGCUAGAAUCGCGCGCCGCGCCGCUCAACUCUGACGGCGCCAAGACGUACGAGAUUCUGCUAGCGGAAGACAACAUCGUGAACCAGAAGCUCGCGGUGCGCAUUCUCGAGAAAUACAAGCACUCGGUCGAGGUUGUCGAGAACGGUCUGGAAGCGUUCGAGGCCGUCAAGAAGAAACGGUACGAUGUCGUGCUGAUGGACGUGCAGAUGCCGGUCAUGGGUGGAUUCGAAGCGACGGCGCGGAUCAGAGAGUGGGAGAAGCAGUAUAUCGGAGUGCGUGCGCGGACGCCGAUUGUCGCGUUGACGGCGCAUGCGAUGUUGGGCGAUCGCGAGAGAUGCAUGCAGGCGCAGAUGGACGAGUAUUUGUCCAAACCGCUCAAGCCGGCGUUGCUUGUGCAGACUAUAAACAAGGUUAGCAUUCAUGUUUUCGAGGAGAAAAGUAGAGGGAGAAGCUAA